AUGGCAACUAAUCCUCCAAAUAGUUCUACUCAACCAUCAUCAUUCCAUAUUCCAUCUGUGGCUUCUUCGGCUGCUAAGAUACACAAACCAGUCGGUGGUGAAGUCCAUGAAGAUGAUGAUGAGGCUUCACGACUGCCAGAGAUAUCUAGGAUCCGAAGUGGGAAAAGGCCGGCUGAAGAAGGGAGUAUGCCAACUGCCAAGAAGAAUACGAAAGGGCCGUUGGAUAUAAUUUACUAUAGGAAACCGGAGGAAAAAUUGAAAAAAGGAAAGCAACCAAGUUUGAAUGAUGCUUGUGAUAAGAAGGCAAGAGCGAGUUGUUGUCAAUACAUAGCCCGUUUCUUUUAUCGGAAUGGAAUUGCUUUCAAUGUUGCAAAAUCAAAGAGUUUCAAAUUGAUGGUUGAAGCAAUUGGUAUGUAUGGUGCACAUUUGAAGCCUCCAAGCUACCAUGAGUUGCGAGUUCCUUUGCUUCAAGAUGAGUUGAGACUUACACAUGAGAUGUUGAGUACUAAUAAGAAAGAACAAGAAAAGUAUGGCUGUUCCAUAAUGUCUGAUGGUUGGACCGAUACAAAGGGAAGAACAUUGAUAAACUUUUUGGUUAAUUCUCCUGCAGGAACAAUGUUUGUUAAAAGUGUUGAUGCUUCUGCCGACAUGAAAACUGGACAAAAGUUGUUUCAACUUUUGAAUAGCUUUGUUGAAGAGAUUGGUGAAAGUAAUGUUGUGCAGUUAGUUACUGAUAAUGGAAGCAAUUAUGUCUUGGCUGGUAGACAUAUUCAAGUAUCAAGACCAAAAAUAUUUUGGACUCCAUGUGCUGCUCAUUGUCUAGACUUGAUGCUAGAAGACAUCGGAAAAAUUCCUAAAGUCAAGAAGGUUAUACAAAAAGGAAUGACACUCGUGGGCUUCAUUUACAACCAUUCUUUGGUUUUAAAUUUAAUGAGGGAGAAGUUAGAAAGUGAGUUGGUUAGAAGUGGAGUCACAAGGUUUGCCACAAACUUUCUUACUUUGCACAAAUUGCACAUUCUAAAGGCAAAAAUUAGAACCAUGUUCACUUCUGAAGAAUGGUUGAACUUGAAUGCAAGUAAGGAGGUGAAAGGAAAGAAGGCGACUGCUAUUGUACUUCAAGUAUCAUUUUGGGAGGAUAUUGUGUACACUCUUAAAGCUAUGGGACCUCUUGUAAAAGUGCUUAGGCUUGUUGAUAAUGAAAAAAGGCCGACAAUGGGUAGCAUCUAUCAUGCAAUGUUGGAAGCCAAAGAGUUUAUUCAAAGAAACUUCAACAACAAUGAAAACAAGUACAAAGACAUCAUUGAUAUUGUUGAUAGAAGAUGGAGUAUUCAACUUCAUCAUCCGUUACACGCAGCUGGGUAUUAUCUUAAUCGGAAGUACUUUUAUACCAAUCCAAUGAUUGAGAAUGAUGCUACGUUGUUGGAUGGCCUUUAUGCAUGCAUUAACAAGCUUUCUGCAAAUGCUAAAGUUGUUGAUGCCAUCCAUGGAGACUUGGCGUAA